AUGGCUUGUGCACAUCUUCGGAAUCUUGCCGCGGGGAGUGCAGAAUCCUUGGGUUUAUCCUCUUCACCUGGCUAUGCAUUGAUGCAACGCAUGGGAAAGAAGAAGCGACGAAAGGUUGAAAAGAUCCCCAAAACAGCGGAACAGAUUGAAUGUGCCACUAGCGACGUCAUUCGCUUACACGACCGUGUGGGAGUUCCGGAAACCACACAUUCUAUCGCACAGACCAUCCGUAAGAAUGUUAGAAGCGUUCAGCAAGGUGUUGUGACGCGGAAACACUUCGCAAGGAUGCUGCAAUAUCGCGUAGGUCAAAAAAUACAGAUUAUCAAAGAGCUACAGACUGCGAAAGCAUUAGGACUAACACAUGAUAAUCCUCGUAAAAGUGCCCCUGAUGCGUUUGUAACUCCGCUUACGAGAUUACAGCACGAAGCGGAUUUACCUACCACAUUUGACCAGUCUCGCCACAACUUUCCUCAUGUAUUACGCUACAAAGUUGAAUGGUUAGCAGAGGCAUCGCCUGCGGAUAACCCGAAGCCGACAAAAGUGACUGUUUCGUUCAACAUGAAUGAGUUGGGUCUGUCAGAAAGGCAGUUGCGUAAGAUGAAAGAGAUUUUAGGAACCGAUCACUACGAUGAAGCUAGUGGUAUCGCCAUUCUGCAGGGUGACAUUUUUGACAAUCUCAACCACAAUGCACAUUAUUUGGGUGACAUUACAGAGCGUCUAAUGACCGCUGUGAAGGAAUGA